ACCCCACUGGCCCCCAGCACUGUGCCGGCUCCUGCCCGCGCUGCCGGAACCAUGAGGCUCCUCUCCAGCGCCAGCCUCGUGACGUGUGGCCUGCUGCUGCAGCUCCAGGCCCUGUGCACGCUGGGCCUCGCCCCCCACGCCAGAGGGCAGCUCUGCCGGACCCGGCCCACGGACCUGGUGUUUGUGGUGGACAGCUCGCGCAGUGUGCGGCCUGUGGAGUUCGAGAAGGUGAAGGUGUUCUUGUCCCAGGUCAUUGAGUCGCUGGAUGUGGGGCCCAAUGCCACCCAGGUGGGCGUGGUCAACUAUGCCAGCGCCGUGAAGCAGGAGUUCCCGCUGUGGGCCCACGGCUCCAAGGCCUCGCUGCUCCGGGCCGUGCGCCGCAUCCAGCCGCUGUCCACGGGGACCAUGACCGGCCUGGCCAUCCAGUUCGCCAUCACCAAAGCCUUCAGCGACACUGAGGGGAGUCGUGCCAGGUCCCCCGACAUCAGCAAGGUGGCCAUCGUGGUGACGGACGGGAGGCCCCAGGACAGCGUGCGAGACGUGUCUGCACGGGCCCGGGCCAGCGGCAUUGAGCUGUUUGCCAUCGGCGUGGGCCGCGUGGACAAGGCCACGCUGCGGCAGAUCGCCAGUGAGCCGCAGGAAGAGCACGUCGACUACGUGGAGAGCUACAGCGUCAUCGAGAAGCUGUCCAAGAAGUUCCAGGAGGCCUUCUGCGGCCAGUCUGAGCUGCUUCCAGGUCCUGAGUCCGCCAUCCCCUCGCUCUCGCCUCUGAGCCUUUGUAACUACUGUUCCCUCUCCCUGCUCAUGGCAUGA